AUGAAAGCUCCUACACGCAACAGUAAUGACCCAACUGAUAUAAGCAAAGUAAAAGAUCUGAUAAUCGUAGAUGAACACAGAUGGAAUGAAAAAAAGCUGCAGCAACACUUCACCCAGUCUGAAGUCAUGAAGAUUAUGGAGAUUCAUCUUUCAUCAACGGAAACCAACUCAAGGGACAAACUGUUAUGGACACCUCACCCAUCAUGUGAUUUUUCGGCCAAAUCCUACCUCCGAAUGUUAGCAGACAGACAACCAUCUACAUCUACUAGAUCUGAUUUCCCAUGGAAGAGGUUAUGGAAGCUAAAUAAAAUUACUCCUAAAAUGCAGAUGUUCAUUUGGAGAAUUCUGAAGAAUGGCUUAGCUGUUGGAAGUAACAUGCAGAAACACAUCAAAGGAAUAAACAGUGAGUACAAACUGUGUAACAACGAAACUGAAACAAUCGAUCAUCUUUUUAUUCACUGUCAGGCAACACAAGCGGCUCUAUUUGCUUCCCCCAUGAAUCUCAGGACUGGGCUGAGACCAACUGACAUUGUUCAAGAAUGCAUUUCAAGCUGGCUUAAGGAAGGUGGUGAUUACUCUAAAAUGAGAAUGGGAGCUUGUAUGUUCUGGGCAAUAUGGAAAACCAGAAACAACAUCAUUUUCAAUAAGGGAAAGUUUGAUAUACAUGCCAUCAUCAAAGAAAACGUGUGGGAACCUCCUAAAUCCAACACGAUCAAGAUCAAUUUCGAUGGGGAUGCUGGAAUUAAAGGCUUUGCGUAUGGUGCUAUUGCAAGAGAUUACAAGGCAGGGUUCCAAGGCUAUCAGAGUCGUGAGAUUAUCUUCACUAAUGCAGUGGAGGCAGAGGCAUAUGGGGCUUUAUUAGGUACAGAAAUGGCAGUCAGACAGGGACGGCGAGAUGUUGUGAUCGAAGGCGACGCGUUAAAUAUAAUCAAUACGCUAAAGUGCCCACACCUACCAUACCCAUGGCGCAUCCAGUACACAGUUAGCAGAAUCAGGGACUGA